AUGUCUGAAAUCGUCCGCACCCAGACGACCCAGACGACCUCGUCUCAGAUAUUCCUUCGCCAGCAGCAUGUCAAUGCAUACAGCGUCGGCGUCAUUCUUUUCAUAGCUCUCAGCUCUGUUGCGUAUGGGUACGCCGGCUCUGUCAUUGCCACGACCCUAACCCAGCCCUCGUUCAACAAGAAAAUGGGUUUAGACACGGCUCCAAAUGCCGCAGCCCUGAUUGGGGCCAUGAACGCUCUGUACUACACAGGAGGCAUCUUCGGGUCCUUUCUGGCCGGUUGGACCAGCAACAAAUAUGGUCGCAAGUUCUCUGUCGGACUGGGUAACGCUUUGGUCCUCUUGUCUGGUGCUUUGAUGACAGCGUCUAUCAAUCCUGCCAUGUUUAUUGUGUUCCGCUUCUGCAGCGGAUUAGGAUCGUUCGUAAUCUUGGCAAGUGCGCCUCUAUGGAUCGCUGAACUUGCACCGCCCAAGCUGCGAGGUAUUGCGGUCGACGUCCACGCCGUUGGCAUGAUGGUAGGUUAUACGACCGCCUGUUAUGUCGGGCUGGGCUUCUACUUCGUUUCCGGGGGCAAUCAGUGGCGUGGCCCUCUCGGUAUCCAGAUGGCCAUGCCUGCAAUCAUCCUUUGUGGGUUAUAUUGGAUGCCCGAAUCACCGCGAUAUCUCCUUGCCAAAGACCGAACUGAGGAAGCAUGGGCGGUUGUCUCUCGAAUGCAUUCCUCGAAAAGCCACACCAACGACGAGUUUGCCAAGAGGGAAUUCUACCAAAUGCGGAAACAAAUCGAGCUCGACACGACGCUCGCAACGUCCUACUGGGGCAUCUUCAAGAAGCCAUCCCUGCGCAAGCGAGCAUUCAUGACCAUCUUCUUGGAGUUCGUGUUGAUGAGCUCAGGCGUCCUUGUCAUCCUCAACUACGGCUCCAUCAUCUGGCGCAGCCUCGGCUUCAACACGGUCCAGAUCCUCAACUUCCAAGGCGGCUUCCAGCUGACCGGCUUCGUCUUCAACAUCGUCGCCAUGGCCUUCGUCGACCGCGUGAAGCGCCCCGUGCUCAUCACCACCGGCAUGAUCGGCUGCGCCGUCAUCAUGGCUGGCGAAGCCGCGCUGCAGAAAUUCUACCUCGGCACCACCGACCGCAACGGCCUGAUCGCGUGCGCCUUCAUGAUCAUCCUCUUCCAGACGUGGUUCUCGCUGUUCCUGGACGGGCCCACCUACUUCUACGUCGCCGAGAUCUGGCCCAGCCACGUCCGCUCGCAGGGCUUCGCCAUCGCCAUGGCGACGUUGAGCUUGACGAAUCUGAUGUGGCUGCAGAGCGCGCCGCAUGCGUUUGAGUCGGCUGGGUGGAAGUUCUAUCUUUGCUUCAUUAUCAUUCCCGCGCUUGGCGGGACUGUGAUUUUCUUUUUGUUUCCGGACACUUUGCGCGUGCCGCUGGAGGAGAUUGCGGCCAUGUUCGGCGAUGAGGACGAGGUCGUCGUCUACCAGCAGCAGCUGGACAUGGCGAAGAUUCCGCUGGAUAUCCUGGAGCAGGAUCUCACGGGGCGAGCGGGGAGUAUGUCGAGCAAGAAUGCUGCCGCGCAGGAAAUCGAGGACGUGGCGUGAGGUUUUGGGAGCAUUUCUGAGGGAAAGGUGCUGUGUGUAGUAUUACGAAGGGAAGUAGUGUCUGCUCGUCCUAGAUAGAAACAAGGCGCC